GAACGCGGGUGCUGGAGCAAGAUGGCAGCAACUAAGAGGAAGCGGCGUGGAGGCCUGGUGGUUCAGGCAAAGAAGCCAAAAAGAAACGAAAAAGAUGCCGGGCCUCCAGCUGGGCAGCGCGUUGCCGCGGAGGAAGUGGAGGAGGAAGAAAGAGACCGUAUCCCAGGCCCCAUUUGCAAGGGCAAGUGGAAAAAUAAGGAACGGAUUCUCAUCUUUUCUUCCAGAGGAAUAAAUUUCAGAACAAGACAUUUGAUGCAGGACUUGAGAACACUGAUGCCUCAUUCUAAAGCAGAUACUAAAAUGGAUCGUAAAGAUAAAUUAUUUGUGAUUAAUGAGGUCUGUGAAAUGAAAAACUGUAAUAAAUGCAUCUAUUUUGAAGCUAAGAAAAAACAGGAUCUCUAUAUGUGGCUUUCAAAUUCACCUCAUGGGCCAUCUGCUAAAUUCCUUGUUCAAAAUAUUCAUACCCUAGCUGAACUAAAGAUGACUGGAAACUGUUUGAAAGGUUCUCGGCCUCUUUUGUCUUUUGACCCUGCUUUUGAUGAGUUACCACAUUAUGCUUUGUUAAAAGAACUCUUAAUUCAGAUCUUUAGUACACCACGGUAUCAUCCGAAAAGCCAACCAUUUGUGGACCAUGUAUUUACUUUCACCAUUUUGGAUAACAGAAUAUGGUUUCGGAACUUUCAGAUCAUAGAAGAAGAUGCUGCUCUUGUAGAAAUAGGACCUCGUUUUGUAUUAAAUCUCAUAAAGAUCUUCCAAGGAAGUUUUGGAGGACCAACUUUAUAUGAAAAUCCUCACUACCAGUCACCAAACAUGCAUCGACGUCUUGUAAGAUCCAUCACAGCUGCAAAAUACAAAGAGAAACAGCAAGUGAAAGAGGUGCAGAAAGUCAGAAAGAAAGAGCCAAAGACACUUGUUCCCCAUGAUCCCACUGCAGAUGUGUUUGUUAUACCAGCUGAGGAAAAACCGAUAGAAAUCCAGUGGGUAAAACCAGAGCCUAAAGUGGAUUUGAAAGCAAGGAAGAAAAGGAUUUACAAAAGGCAAAGAAAAAUAAAACAGAAGAUAGACAGUGGGAAAACAAAGUGAAUCAAUGGACAACUAAUUUGUUUUUCAGUUACUUUGUAUUUAUUUUGUAUUCAGCAUGUAAAUACUUUUAUUAUUUGGUACUAUCUUACAUAUAAGUUAGUAUGACAUUCAAAAGAAAGAAACCUUAAAAAAUCUUAAAAUUAACGAUUAUCUUUUCUAAAUAAAAUAUUUCCAGAACUCAUCAGUUAAUUUC